UCCACCUCCUAAUCCCACUCCUCUGUACGUCUCUCAACAUGUCCUACGACGCACCAUCUCCCAUUGCAACCCUCUCCAAGCCCACACCAUUCUUUGGCAUCAAGCUAUGGCUCCUGAUUCUUAUCAUGAUUGGCUUACUCCUCCUACUCAUUCUCCUCUUCAUCUCUCUCUGCUUCCUCUACCUGUGUCAUCGAAAACCUUACAAACCCCGCUUCCACUUGCCCAACCCCAUCGCUUGCACCGCCCCCAAAAGCAAUAACCCCAAAUACUGUAGUUCCUCCCUUGACAGGAGGCUACUGCAGUGUAAUAACAACAACAAUAGUACUGUAGAGAUUGAGAUAAUGGACAUUGCGCAACCAGACCUUCAGGUGAUGUUGUCGGAUCGGUGGUCUGGGAGGGCGAGUGGGAAUACGAGUCUAGAGAGCACUGCAGCCACUGAUGUGGAGUCCGUUGCGAGGCACUCCCCAGUUGUUUCUGAUGCGUGGAGAGGGAAUCGGUUCUGUUUGAAGGAGAUUGAGGUUGUUACGAACGCGUUUGCUGAGGAGAAUUUGGUUGGAGAAGGGUAUUACGGCAUCGUUUACCGUGGAGUGUUGUUGGAUACUACGAGAGUGACCGUGAACAGACUCCUUGGUAGCAGUUGCCAAGGCCAAGACUUUGUAGCAGAAGUAGAGGCAAUUGGGUAUGUCAGACACAAAAAUCUGGUCAAGUUGCUUGGAUAUUGCAUGGAAGGAGCCAACAGGAUGCUGAUACAUGAGUAUGUUGAUAAUGGUAAUCUGCACCAGUGGCUUCAUGGAUUUCAAGGACAGGUCAGUCCUCUGACAUGGAAUAUAAGGAUGAACAUCAUUCAAGGAAUAGCUAAGGGAUUGACCUACCUUCAUGAGGAUAUUGAGCCAAAGAUUGUACAUCAACACCUAAAAUCGAGUAACGUAUUGCUCGAUCACCAAUGGAAUCCCAAGAUAUCUGAUUUCGGGCUUGCUAAGCUCUUCGGUCAUGAUUGGAGUCGCAUAACAGCUCAUGUAAUGGGAUCAUUAGGUUAUUUAGCUCAAGAGUAUGCAACUAGUAAAUGCUGGAAUGAGAAGACUGAUGUUUAUAGCUUUGGAGUACUAAUCAUGGAGAUCAUAUCCGGAAGGUUUCCUGCCGAUCACAGUCAGCCCCAAGUAUAUCUGAUUGACUGGCUAAGGUCUAUGGUUGCUAAUCAAAAGAUAAUGUAUGUCACCGAUCCUAAGUUGCCGGAAAUGCCUUCUUUGAAGGAACUAAAACGGAUCAUUCUGAUCGCUCUUCGAUGUGUUGAUCCUGAUGUGGAACAUAGGCCUAAAAUGGGAGAUUUAAUUCACAUGCUCGAGCCCCGCGAUUUGCUGCUCAGUGAUGUAAGAACAGUAUUUUUUUUCUUCCCCUUUUUCACUUCCAUAAUGUCAGUCAUGUAGUUCUAAUUGCGACGAAUGCUAUCUUCUUUGUUGAUAUAAUUCAGGAGUGUCGGUUUUGGAGAAACAGUUCUCAGCCUCAUUAGAUUCA